AUGGCCAAGUACAUGUCGGUGGCGGCGACCGCCAAGCCGGCGGCCGACGUGACGCACCCGCUCACGCGCGCGGGCUACCUCUCCAAGAUCACAUUUGGCUGGGCGAACGCGCUCCUCGCGCUUGGCCACGAACGCCAGAUCGACCCGGACGACCUCUGGCCGCUGGCACCGGAAAACACGUGCAAGGCCGUGAGCAGCGUCUUUGAGCCGUCGUUCACGUCGUCGCAUUCGAUCGUCAAGACCAUCUUUUCGCUCUACGGCUGGCGGCUCUUCUUGGUGGGCCUCCUGCAGGCGCUCACACUGGGCUGCACCUUGUACGGCCCGAUCGUGCUCAAGACGAUCUUGACCGCGGUCGAAGGCCCGUCGUUUGACCUCGUGCGCGUGCUCAAGUUUGUCGACCUGACGCUCUUCCCCGCCGGCGACCGCACCGAGAUUGGCCAGAAAGGCGUCAACCUCAGCGGCGGCCAGAAAGCGCGCAUCUCGCUCGCGAGAGCUUGCUACAGCGACGCCGACAUCUUCCUUUUGGACUCGCCCUUGUCGGCCGUCGACGCGAUCGUGUCGAACGAGAUUUUCACCAAGUGCUUUCUCGGUCUCCUCCGGCACAAGACGAUCGUGCUCGUGACGCACUCGCCCGAGAUCAUUGCGUCUUCGUACGUUGACCGGUCGAUCGAGCUCAAGCAAGGCCAGCUGCUCAUCACUGAAGUCGACAAGCAGGACGCCCCGAUCCUCGUCUCGCCACUCAAGGCGCGGCUCGGGUUUGCAGCCGACGAAGAGCUCGAGGUUGAUCCGAAGGCGCGGGCGGUGCCGAACAGGGACCUCUUUCUGACGCCAACCAUCGCAUCACCCUUCCCGAUGGACUUUCUGGGCGCCUCGUACACGCCGUAUGGCGACGGCAACGCGACGUACGACGAAGAGACGGCUGGCGGCAAGCUCAUCCUCGACGAAGAGCGCAGUCACGGCCGUGUCUCGACCAAGAUCUUCUCGGCGUACCUCCAAGCGAUCGGCGGCUGGCCGAUGGUGUUUCUCUGGGUCGUGCUCCUCUCGGUGUGGCAAGCGCUCGCGAUCGCCGGGGAUUUCUGGCUGAGUACGUGGAGUGCAACGGCGGCCGUCGUCUCGAAGGAGACAUUUUUGGACCAGGCCGAGUACUACUUGGGGGUCUAUGCGGCGCUGGCGUUUGGCGGCAUUGUGCUGACGAUCCUCCGCACGGCGUCGAUCUUGCUAUCGGGCCUCAAGGCGUCGCGCGUCCUCUUUGAUGACAUGACGAAGGCGCUGCUGAAGGCGCCCAUGUCGUUCUUUGAUACGAACCCGCUCGGGCGCAUUUUGAACCGGUACGCUGGUGACGUGACGACGGUCGACACGCAGAUCGCCAACACGCUCAGCAGCUUCCUCGCGAUGGUCUUUAUGGCGGCAUUUGCGCUUGGCACAACCAUUAUUGUCAUUCGGUCGUUUGGCUUGCUCAUUAUCCCGCUCCUCUUUAUCUACGUCUACAUUGGCAAUGUCUAUGUGACACCCGCGCGCGAGAUGGAGCGCGUCAACAAGACGACGCGGUCGCCGAUGAUCAACUUGAUUUCCGAGUGCAUUGAAGGCGCGCUUGUGAUUCGCGCGUUUGGCCCCAAGCAAGUGCGCCGCUUCCAGCGUCUCCACCACCGCAACGUCGAUGGCAACUUGGAGGCCAACUAUGUGAGCUCGGUCUUUGCGCAGUGGUUCUCGAUGCGCAUCCAGCUCACGUCGGCGGUCAUUUUGCUUGUCAUUGCGACGUCGCUUGUCUUCUCCAAGGACUUUAUCAGCCCCGGAGUCAUUGGCCUCGUCCUCAACUACGCCUUCUCGAUCCUCCCGUUCUUUGAGUGGAUCGUGCAGUGCUGGUCGUCGCUCGAGACGGCGAUGGUCGGCCCCGAGCGGCUCUCCGAGUACGCGGCGAUCGAGCCGGAGGCGCCCCGUGUGAUCCACGGUGCGACGGCCCACGACUGGCCGACGACGGGCCACGUGACGUUUAGCAACAUGAGCUUCCGCUACAAGGAGCACGAUGCGCUCGUGCUCAAGGACGUCAACGUCGACAUUGCGUCGGGCGAGAAGAUUGGCAUCGUCGGGCGCACGGGCGCCGGCAAGUCGAGCUUGACCAUGGCGCUCUUCCGCAUCAACGAGCUCGCGUCCGGCUCGAUCUCGAUCGACGGCGUCGACAUCAAGUCGGUGGGCGUCAAGACACUGCGCAGUGCGAUCGCGAUCAUUCCGCAAAACCCCGUGCUCUUCAAGGGCACGCUGCGCAACUACUUGGAUCCGUUCAGCGACUAUGGCGACGACCAGCUCUGGGACGCCCUCGGUAAAGUCCGCCUCCAAUCGCGCAUCGCGUCGGUCGACGGCCAGCUCGAGAGCCACGUCGAAGAGAACGGCGAGAACUUUAGCGUCGGCGAGCGGCAGAUGCUGUGCAUGGCGCGGGCCCUCCUGCGGCAGGCGCGCAUCGUGGUCAUGGACGAAGCGACGGCGGCGAUUGACCACGAGACGGACCAGAACCUCCAGCGCGUAAUCCGGACCGAGUUUGCGGCCUCGACCGUCCUCACGAUCGCCCACCGCCUCGACACGGUUUUGGACUGCGACCGCAUUCUCGUGUUUGACCAAGGCCGGCUCGUGCAGUGCGACAAGCCGCAGCAGUUGAUUGACGACGGCACUGGCAUCUUUUACGAGCUCUGCCACGAAGGCGGGUACCUCGACAAGGUGCUUGCGUCGCCGUAAGCACGUCGCUUUGGUUGCCGCUUUUUAAAGAUUUUAUUCAUCUAUUGCUCGAUUUCCCUACUCGUAUCUGGAGUUAUUGUUGAAUGGACCUGACCUUGUUG